UCAGGGAAGGUAUUCGUAAGAAAAGCAACCCAACCAACAAAAAAAAAAAAAAAAACGAAAACCUACCCAAUUCUCACCUUCUUUUUCAUCUAUCUAAUCUAAUCCUAACUCUCUCGAUUUUUUUUUCUCUCUCACUUUCCUUCGAACCAAACAACAAAAUGGAGAACAACAAGCAAGAUGAUCACCAAGAAGAAUUCAUUUUCCGAUCAAAGCUUCCGGACAUUUACAUCCCGAACCACCUCCCUCUACACUCCUACUGCUUCGAAAACAUUUCUCAAUUCAAGGACCGCCCCUGCCUCAUCAACGGCGCCACCGGAGAGAUUAUCACCUACGCCGAUGUCGAUCUCACGUCCCGCAAAGUCGCCGCCGGUCUUGACAAGCUCGGAAUCAAGCAAGGUGACGUCAUCAUGCUCUUACUCCAGAACAGUCCGGAGUUCGUCUACGCUUUCCUCGCCGCGUCGUACAUAGGUGCCAUCAUCACCACCGCCAACCCGUUCUACACCCCGGCGGAGGUUGCCAAGCAAGCGGCGGCGUCGAAGACCAAGCUGGUCAUAACUCUCGCGGGAUACAUCGACAAGGUGAAAGAGUUCACUGGUGGCGAAAGCGGGGUGAAAGUGAUGUGCGUCGACGCGCCACCACCGGAGAGUGAGUGUCUGCAUUUCUCGGAGCUGACGCAAGCGGACGAGACUGAGAUUCCGGCCGUUAAGAUUCACCCAGACGACGUCGUUGCGUUGCCUUAUUCGUCUGGAACGACAGGGCUUCCAAAGGGUGUGAUGUUGACUCACAAAGGGUUGGUCACCAGUGUGGCUCAGCAAGUAGAUGGAGAUAAUCCCAACUUGUACUUCCACCAAAACGACGUCAUUCUCUGCGUUUUGCCUCUCUUCCAUAUUUAUUCCCUGAAUUCCAUUUUGCUAUGCGGACUUCGGGUCGGAGCCGCUAUUUUGAUCAUGCAAAAGUUUGAGAUCAGCAAGUUGCUUGAGUUGAUCGAGAAGUUUAAGGUGACCAUCGCACCGUUCGUUCCUCCGAUCGUCUUAUCGGUUGCCAAGUGUCCCGACCUUCACCGGUACGACUUGUCGUCGAUUCGAACCGUCAUGUCUGGCGGAGCUCCGAUGGGUAAGGAGCUUGAAGAUGCCGUCAAGGAGAAACUUCCUCAUGCCAAACUUGGACAGGGCUAUGGUAUGACAGAGGCGGGACCGGUACUGUCUAUGUGCUUGGCCUUUGCAAAGGAACCGUUCCCGAUUAAGUCAGGCGCGUGUGGUACAGUCGUUAGAAACGCUGAGAUGAAGAUUGUUGAUCCUGACACUGGCGCGUCCCUUCCACGUAACCAAUCCGGGGAGAUUUGCAUCAGGGGUAAACAAAUCAUGAAAGGUUACAUUAACGAUGCCGAAGCCACUAAGGGGACAAUAGACGAAGGAGGAUGGCUCCACACAGGUGACAUAGGGUUCAUCGACAACGACGAUGAGCUCUUCAUCGUGGAUCGAUUGAAGGAGCUCAUCAAAUACAAAGGCUUCCAAGUUGCCCCGGCUGAGCUCGAGUCCAUGCUCAUUUCUCACCCCAACAUUACUGAUGCUGCUGUUGUACCAAUGAAAGAUGAAGCUGCAGGAGAAGUCCCUGUUGCGUUUGUUGUGAGAUCAAAUGGUUCAAAGAUCACUGAGGAAGAUAUCAAGCAAUAUAUCUCUAAACAGGUGGUGUUUUACAAGAGAAUUAACAAGGCAUUCUUCAUAGAAGAAAUCCCCAAAAACCCUUCUGGCAAAAUCUUGAGGAAAAUCUUGAGAGCAAAACUUGUUACUGAACAAGCCAUUUAGGGGUUUAUUUAUUUAUUAUUUUUUUCUCACUGAUCAUAUAUAGUUUAUAAAGCCAAUAUCAUCAUCAUCAGUGUGAAGACUAGGCAAAUUGUGGGUUUAUUCUUUUUUUUUUUGGGCCAAUUUCUUUAACGUAUUCCCUAAUGGCAAGUCAAGGGAAAAAAGGCAUAAAAUAGUCUACUAAAUUCGUGUCUACUUGGGUGCAUUUUCAUGCCUUUGUUGUACUAAAUUUGUGGCUCUCUUAUGGAACCCAAUCGAUUAGGAUCCAGGGAAAGAGGUACAAGUUCAUAUCAACUUUUGUAAGAAUUUGUUUAUGUAUAUGAUAUAUUGUUAUUAUCUCUCUCA